GAACGUUGUGUAUAUCGGUCGAAUGUCUCAGCGUUCCGAAAGGCCCGGUCGGGCAGCACGUGGGGGGACGACCGAGGAGCCCGCGGCGGGUGGAGGGGCCGGGCGCGGCGGCAGCGCACGGGGGCUUGGCACCGGCACCGGGGGUGGGACGGCCAGGAGGAGACGGAGGAGGGCGAGCAUCACCGGGCGGAUCGUGUAAUUGCUGAGGAUCUGCAAAAUGGCGCUCCGCCUCCGCACCUUGCUGCCCUUUGCCAUCCCUGGAGUGCUGGCGCUCAUCGGGUGGUGGUGGUUUUCUUCACGCAAAAAGGAGCGUGCGAGCAAUCACGACAGGCGAGACUUGGCCAGCGUAGAAGAACACAGGAUAGGCUCCCCCAAGAAAGAGCCUUCCGCUAGAGAAGGGGUGCCGUUGAACAGCCUGCCGCCCCUGCCCCGAGAAGUCAAGCAGCCUGCUGAACCAGCCUUUACCGCUGAGUCUUCGGCAAGCCUGCAGGCCCCUUUGGAAAGCGGCGCUCGGCGCUGGGAUCCCCCAAGAGACCGGCCUGUCACGGCAAAAACAACCAUUGAAUCCGACAGGGUUCAGGACGACAGUGAAAAACUGGAAGUGACGGGGUGCCGAGGUGUAGCUAGAUCCCCCGCGCAGGAGCCUUCCCUUCCGGGCGCUCAGAUAGCUGACGAUACCUGUGCUGGUGAAGCUUCUGUUGAGAGGCCGCCGGAAGCCACUCGAGUGGCAGAUCGGGUGCCCUCGCCAGUCUCGACGGCAGCAGCUCUGCUAGAGGAGUCUUCUAGUUUGGAGAAGUCUGGGGAUAGUGGUUUGGAGGAGGUGGCCCAGGACGAUGCACCAGAGAAGCCUUUGAAAGAAGGCCUCUGUUCUGUAGCAGCCGCCGCCUCAGAUGCGGGCUCUUUGGCCGCCCCAUGCUCCCAAGUGGCAGGUGAUGCUGUUUCUCAACCCACUGUGGAUGCCACUGGAAAGGAAGAGAUCGGCGGCCGCUGCGCCGGUGCGGCGGCCACAGAGAUGGAAGCAGAGGCUAAAUGCGUCGAGCCUGCUAGCGCGGAUUUGGCCCGGAAAGAAGAGACGUCCAGUUUGAACGCUGGUAGUACGUUGAAGCGCCACGGAUUUGGAGAUGUUGGCUGUAAGGGGAGUUUGGAGAAAGCAAGAGUGGGAGGCCUCAGCUUAGACAAAGAAGAAGUCGAGAAGAUUGAGCAGGUGGCCAUACAUAUAAUUUCCAACGUCAUCCAGGCAGCCACUGAGGAAGUGCUUUCCGGGUCGGUCAGCGACAUGUCGGAUAGGAUCUCUCAGAUGGCCAGCCGGGUUGAGAAGAUCUCCAUGGCAGCUGCUGGCCAGGCAGAGUGCAGCAAGGGUCAUGGUUGUGUCGCUGAGAAGGCGGCAGCUGUAGAGGUGACUCCUCUGCUGGAAGAGAACGUCAACCGCCACGCCAUGUACUCGAGCCACUUGACGCACGGCCUCUUGGGGAACCCAAGCCGUGGCCUCCCCAGGGACUCCAGGAGCGCAGAGCAGCCCGCCGGCGACCCAGCCGCGAACCACGAGGACGAGCUGGAAGACGCUCAGACGAUGACGGAAGAUUCCGGCUGCAGCGCCUGCACCUCGGAAGACGGGGCGAGCGCGGAGGACCUCUUGAAAAGCACCUCCUCUCCCGCUUUGGGGCAGCGCCUAGACUUGCUGAACAUGCCCGCGCUCAAAGACUCGGAACACAAGCUGGCGUCCAGCAAGAAGCCUCCCUCCUCCCCUACGCUAGCGGAGAACAAAGUGCCGUACAGCAAUGGAGUGCUGAAGGAAGACUGCCCCCAUCGGAGGCACGACCAGCCGUGGUCGACGGAAGCGGAUGCAGACAACUCAGGGGGUUCGGAUGUAAAUAGCAUGGAUUCAGUGGACAUUGGCUGUGCCCUCAGAAAUAAGGACAGCUGCCAGAAUUCGAAGACCGGAGCAGAUUCUAAUAAGACAGAGCUUAUUAUCUGGGAGAUAGAGGUACCAAAGCAUUUAGUCGGACGGCUGAUUGGGAAGCAGGGGAGGUACGUGAGCUUCUUGAAACAAACGUCCGGUGCCAAAAUCUACAUUUCCACACUACCUUACACCCAGGACUUCCAGAUCUGCCAUAUAGAAGGCUCUCAGCAAAACGUCGACAAAGCCCUGAGCCUGAUUGGCAAGAAGUUCAAGGACCUGAGCCUCACCAAUAUCUAUGCGCCGCCACCUCCCCCGCUGCCAGUGCAUUCUCUCCCCAUGACCUCCUGGCUCAUGCUUCCAGAUGGGGUCACGGUGGAAGUGAUCGUGGUCAACCAAAUCAACGCGGGGCACUUGUUUGUGCAGCAGCACACGCACCCCACUUUCCACGUCCUCCGUAGUCUAGACCAACAGAUGUACCUGUGCUACUCGCAGCCGGGGAUUCCAACCAUGCCGACACCGGUGGAGGUUGGCGUUGUCUGUGCUGCGCCCGGCAUGGAAGGUGCCUGGUGGCGAGCACAAGUAAUUGGCUACUUUAAAGACACCACUGAAGUGGAGAUCAGAUACGUGGACUAUGGUGGAUACGAGAGAGUCAAGAUUGACACACUCAGGCAGAUCAGGUCUGACUUCGUAACACUACCUUUCCAAGGAGCAGAGGUCCUCUUGGACAACGUAGUGCCACUUCCAGAUGACGAUCACUUUUCAUCUGAGGCGGACACAGCUGUUAGUGAAAUGACCAGAGGUACACCUUUGCUUGCACAGGUGACAAAUUAUGACAGUGCAACGGGCUUGCCCUUAAUACAGCUGUGGAGCAUGAUAGGAGAAGAGUUGGUGUCUAUAAACCGAACCUUGGUGGAAAGAGGGUUUGCGCAGUGGAUCGAAAGCUACUAGGAGAGUUCUUGGCUGUCUUCCUUGACUAAUCUUUCCUCUCACCCUCCUUACCUUAUCCCUUCCCCACCCCUUCUUUUUUUCUUUUUUGGCACUGUUUCAGAAUUGGGUUUGGCAAUCUUCCCUCCUCCCCGCCCCAAUAUAUGUCACUUCCGCUUUAAAGUCUUGUUUUGAUUAUAUUCAUCCGACGGACACAGUUUGUUUAUCAUACCUCAUUUUGCAGAAAAUCAAGGAGUUGAACCAUAAGCCAUAAAAAAAUACUGCAGCUUUAUAACGCAGCUCUUUAUUCUGCCCCCCCCCCCACCCCCACCCUGAUCUGGGUCCAAAAGCGAAAUUUAAACAAAACUUUAAUGAAGGGGGAAAAUAAAUGUCUGGGGAGGGUUGUAUAACACUCGUCCUCAGAGGAUUUAAGCUGUGUGCUGAACACAACCCAGUUUUCUAAAUUGGCUGCCUUAACAUGAAGGCGACUCUAUGUGGAAGUAAAAUUGUUUUCAGACCUAGCCCCCUCACAGACACAAAAAGAGGA